GACUGGUUCCGCUUACCUGCUGAGCAUACUUGAAUGAUUUGGUGUGAUGUGCUCUGAGCCCUCCUUCUGGGUGCUGCGAGGUGUUCUGAGGCAAGCUCCGAAGUUGCGACAUGGAUGUGGUGACCUAUGAUGAUGUACAUGUGAACUUCACUUGGGAAGAAUGGUCUUUGCUGGCUCCUUCACAGAAGAGUCUCUACAAAGAUGUGAUGCUGGAGACCUACAGCAACCUCACUGCUAUAGGCUGCAAUUGGGAAGAGCAUAAUAUUGAAGAAUAUUGUCAAAGUUCUAGAAGACAUGGAAGGCAUGAAAGAAGUCUUACUGGAGAGAAACCCUCUGAAUAUACUCAAUGUGUUAAAGCCUUAGCAUGUCACAGUUAUCCUCAAAAACAUGAAAGAAUUCAUUCUGGAGAGAAACUCUAUGAAGGUAUUCAAUAUGGUGAAACCUUUGUAUCUCACAGUAGUCUCCAAAUACAUAAAAGAACAUAUACUAGAGAAAAACCCUACAAAUGCAAUCUAUGUGAUAAAGCUUUUGCACAUCAUGGUAAACUUCAAAAGCAUGAAAGAAUUCAUACUAGAAAGAAACCUUACCAAUGUAAUCAAUGUGGUAAAGCCUUUGCAUAUCUUAAUAGUUUCCAAAUGCAUAAAAGAACACAUACUAGAGAGAAACCUUACAAAUGUAAUCAAUGUGGUAAAGCCUUUGCAUAUCUUAGUAGUUUCCGAAUGCAUAAAAGAACACAUACUGGAGAGAAACCUUACAAAUGUGAUCAAUGUGGUAAAGCCUUUUCACAUUAUAGUACUCUCCACAAACAUAAAGUAAUACACACUGGAGAGAAACCCUAUGUAUGUAAUCAAUGUGGUAAAGCCUUUGCACGACUAAGUUAUCUCCAUGGACAUAAAAUAACACACACUGGAGAGAAACCCUAUGAAUGUAAUCAAUGUGGUAAAGCCUUUGCACGACAAAGUCAUCUCCAAGUGCAUAAAAGAACACAUACUGGAGAGAAACCUUACAAAUGCAAUCAAUGUGGUAAAGUCUAUAAAUGUCGUAGUAGUCUCAAAAAUCAUAAAAUAAUAUCAGAUACUGGAGAGAAACCCUAUGAAUGUAACCAAUGUGAUAAAGUUUUUGCGUAUCACUGUAUUCUCCAAAAACAUAAAAGAGCACAUACUAGAGAGAAGCUUUACAAAUUUAAUCAAUGUGGUAAAGCCUAUAAAUGCCAUAGUAGUCUCAAAAAUCAUAAAAUAAUAACAAACACUGGAGAGAAACCCUAUGAAUGUAACCAAUGUGGUAAAGCUUUUCCACAUCUUCAUAGACUUAAAAGACAUGAAAAAAUUCAUACUGGAGAGAAGCCUUAUAAAUGUAAUGAAUGUGGUAAAACAUUUGCCUAUCGCAGUUCUCUCCCAAAACAUAAAAGAACACAUACUGGAGAGAAACCCUAUAAAUGUAAUCAAUGUGGUAAAGCCUAUUCCCAACACAGUAAUCUUAAAACACAUAAAAGAAUACAUACUGGAGAGAAACCCUAUGAAUGUAAUCAAUGUGGUAAAGCCUUUAGACUACAGAGUCAUCUGCAAGUGCAUAAAAGAACACAUACUGGAGAGAAACCUUACAAAUGUAAUCAAUGUGGUAAAGCCUUUGCACGGCAAAGUUAUCUACAAGGGCAUAAAAGAAUACAUACUGGAGAGAAACCCUAUGAAUGUAAUCAAUGUGGUAAAGUUUUUGCAUACCCUGGUUAUCUACAAGUACAGAAAAGGAAACAUACUGGAGAGAAACCUUACAAAUGUAAUCAGUGUGGUAAAGCCUUUCCAUGCAUUCGUGAAUGUAAAAGACAUGAAAGAAUUCAUACUGGAGAGAAGUCUUACAAAUGUAAUGAGUGUGGUAAAGCCUUUGGGUAUUACACCAGUCUCCAUAUACACAAAGCAACACACACUGGAGAGAAACCUUAUAAAUGUAAGCAAUGUAAUAAAGCCUUUGCACAUCAUAGUCAACUUCAAAGACAUGGGAGAAUUCACACUGGCGAGAAGCCUUACAAAUGUAAUCAAUGUGGUAAAACCUUUACACAACACAAUUCUCUUCAAAUCCAUAAAAUAAUACAUACUGGAGAGAAACCCUAUGAAUGUAAUCAUUGUGGUAAAGCCUUUGCAUAUUCUGGUUAUCUUCAAGUACAUAAAAGAAUACAUACUGGAGAGAAACCCUAUGAAUGUAAUCAAUGUGGUAAAUCCUUUACAUGUCAGAGUGAUCUUAAAAAACAUGAAAGAAUUCAUACUGAAGAGAACCCUUACAAAUGUUAAUGAAUGUGGUAAAGCCUUUGUGUGUAACACCAGUCUCCGAAAACAUAAAGCAAAACAUACUGGAGAGAAACCUUAUGAAUGAAGGUGGUGUAGUAAAUCCUUUGCCUCUUGUGGUAAACUUCAAAUUCAUGAAAGAAUUCAUACUGGAGAGAACCCUUACAAAUGUAGUCAAUGUAGUAAAGUCUAUUCACAAUCAGGUCACCUCCAAGUACAUAAAAGAACACAUAUUAGAGAGUAACCCUGUGACUGUAACCAAUAUGGUAAAGCCUUUACAGAUCACAGUGAUCUUCCAAUCCAAGUGGUGGAUUGAAUAUGCUUGGCCCAUGGCAAGUGGCACUGUUAGGAGGUGUGGGCUUUCUGGAGUAAGUGUGGCCUUUGAGGAAGUAUGCCACUGUGGGGGUGGGUUUUGAGAUCCUAUGCUUAAGUGCCACCCUGGGCAGAAGAAUCUUCUGGCUGCCUUCUGAUCAAGAUGUAGAACUCUUGGCUCCUCCAGUACUAUAUCUGCUCGGAGAUUGCCAUUCUUUCUGCCUUGAUAAUAGACUGAACCUCAACUCCGAAUUAAACGUUGUCAAUUAUAAGAUUUGCCUUGGUCAUGAUAUCUUUUCACAGCAAUAAAACUCAAAUUAAGA